UUUCUGUCACGAGCGCCCGUGUCAGUGCUGAAGCCCAGCUCCUUACUUUUCCUCUCCCAGGGUAAAGUGUCUUAUUCAUGGUAUUCUGAGAUCUGUUUAUCCUGAUUUCCUCAAACGUGCUGGGAUUGAAGUUCUUAAGAGGGUGUGACCAGAAAAGAGAGCCAAGAUGUCAGACAAGAAGAUGUCCUCGAGUCGGAAGCAUAACCUCAAGAGCUUGAUGCUGAACAUCGCUAAGGGCUUGCUUGCGGCCGAAGCGAAGGAGGCGGAGGAGGAGAGGGUGCGGUACAUGGAGGAGCGCUGCCCGCCCCUGAGCUUACCUGGAUCUCUGCAGGACCUGCAGGAGCUGUGUAAGAAGCUCCACGCCAGGAUUGAUCAGGGAGAGGAGGAGAGAUACGACAUGGAAGUAAAAGUCGACAAAUGUGAUAAGGAGGUUGAAGACCUGAAGAUCAAAGUACAAGACCUGAAAGGCAAGUUCAAGAAACCAGCCCUGAGGAAGGUGCGCAUGUCUGCCGACGCCAUGCUCAAGGCCCUGCUGGGCUCCAAGCACAAGGUCAACAUGGACCUGAGAGCCAACCUCAAACAAGUGAAGAAGGAGGUGAAAGAGGAGGACAAGGACCUGCGCGAUGUUGGCGACUGGCGUAAGAACGUUGAGGACAAGGCCGGCAUGGGCGGCAGGAAGAAGAUGUUUGAGGCAGAGGGUUAGACGAAUUCUGAUGCUGGGUUCACAGCUGCCAUCUUGAAAUGCUCUUGUCGGCCGAAUAACUUUCUAUUUGGACUCUCUCUUCAUUCAUACUCUCAUGUGCACAUGGUCAUCUUUUUUUAAAUUAUUGUAUUUUGAAGUGAAAAUUCAGUUUUUUUUUUUGUUUUCUCUGUACUGAAAAAUGUUACACAUAAAAUGUUACUCAGAAACACAAAUCUAGGCUGACUUCCAAUGCUUCAUUGUUAAUAAAUAAAUAAUUUAAAUCACAAA